AUGGUCGUCAUCUCCGAGUCCUCAAAGUUACAUCUCUCCAUCGCUGUGGUGUGUUUAUGCAUCAUCGCCUUAGUAGGAGUUAUUGGGAACUGUUUAGUUCUAGGAGCCAUUGUGACCUCCAGGAAAUUACAAACUAAGAUAAACUGCUUCAUAGCGAGUUUAGCGGUGUGCGAUCUUUUAUCCUCUCUGACUCUCCCCGGACAAAUCGUCGUGAUCUCGAACAUGAUCAAGCACGAUAUAACGGUGUCCUCGACGGUCUUGAAAUUGAUCUUCUCAGCUUUUAAUGUUGUUUGUAUCUCCUGUAGUAUUCUUACUCUGGCGGUAAUAGCUCUGGAACGGGUCAUCGUCAUCACGAGGCCCCGGGAGCUCUAUCGGAGAGUGUUCUCCUCCAGAAACAUAGCCAUCGUCAUCGUCUUCACCUGGACAUUCCCACCGCUAGCUAUUGUCCUCAUCGACGUCCCGAAGCUAGACAGCAUCGAUCACUACAUCAACGCACACACGUGCAUGGUCAAUGAUGGCGACAAUAAGCUCCACAUUUACGACAUCAUCGCCUUCAUCAACACCAACUCUGCCAUGGUCAUCGUUAUGAUCUGUUACUUGAAAAUUUACUUGCACGUAAAGCGCCAUCGCCGUAGCCUGGGGAAGAGAGAAACACAUCGGUCAAAGCCCAAACCAUCCUCAUCGGUGCUAACCAUUUCGAAUGUAGCUACUUGUUCGAGCACUGACCCUCCUCUUGCUGACGUUACACGUUCCCUUAAUGAAAGAGACUUGUCUGAAACCACAGACAAUUUCACAACGGCUAUCCAAUGUAACAAUUUAUCAUCUGAAAACAUUCGGAUAAGAUCACUUGAAUCAACCAGAAGCGACGACUUAGUUAUCUCUACAAUAACCUCGACAAGGGUAGCAGUUUUUGAUACAAACCCGAGUCACUCUUCUGUCGAACCCUAUGAAUCCAACAAUACUAAUGAAAUUAAUAUGUCUCAAACCGAUUCCUAUAGACAUGAUAAAAACGAUCAAAGCUACCUACAAGUGCCACCGUCAUCACUAGUAAAAAACAAUCACAGUCAUGACAAUAUGAAUGUCAUCACCGAAUGUCCUGAAGCAGUGCGCCGUGAUCUUGAUAGCAAGUCAGCCAGUACCAAUGCCGCUGAUCUCUUGGAUGACAUAAAAGAUGAAACUGUUUUACCAAACAUGCCAUUCCCCAUACUGGUUGAUGCCCCAAGUACGAGCUCCAUUUCAAGAAUCCCACCAAACACCAUUCAAGGGACACCCAACAAACCCACACCAAGCACCAGGUCGCUCCAGGUCAGAGGAACCCUGUCAGGGACAAGAGCAUGCAGCUUCGCCAGUGCUGAACGGUGCCGGGUCCCGAUGAAUCGUCGCUCCAGACAGCGAGAUAAGGAUGAAAUGGCUAUCACCAAGAAUCUCCUGAUGGUGGUCUUCGUAUCUUACCUCUGCAUCAUGCCCGAGAUGGGGUGUCUCUUUGUCCGGUUCGUUCACGGUCCCGUCUGCGCCUGUCUCUAUUCCUUCACCAUCCUCGUCUGCAACCACUGCAUCAAUCCCAUCGUAUACGCCUACCGACAUCCCAUAUUCAAACCUGUCUUACGAUGCCUGCUCAGGAGGAGGUUGUCUGACAUCCCAGAACCGUCGCCAUGGUUGAGGCGAUUCAUGGCAAGAAAUCAGUGA